AUGGAAAAAGAAAGCAAAAAUGCUGUUACCCAAAUACCAAGCUAUUAUCCAAAAUUUGUAGAUGAGUUGACUAAAUUCAGAAGGUUAUGGUGGGACCAGGGUAAUUUGCAUCUGAAGGCAAAUUGGGAAAGUGCUUCACUACCCUAUGAAUUGAUAUCUGAUGUUAGUUUUGAAAAGUUUGCUGAACGAACUGACAAGCAUAAUGUGCAUGGUUUGUGGGAAUGGGAUCAAGGAAAAGUUGUUGUGUAUGAGCCUCCACUUGCACCUCAUGAAUCUGCUUCGCACACAACGAAAGCAGGAGGAUCAAGCAGAGAACCAGAUAGAUGUUUACGACCUAUAAAAAAACAACAAGUGGUUUCUCCUGAUGGGUGUGAUGGGCAGAAUAUGCCUUGGCCAACUUUGGUAGUUAAAAUAGCAUAUUCAGAAACUGUUGAUCAUCUCUUUAACAAAAUAAAAAAUUAUUGGCUUCAGUCUAACAGAGUGCAUGAUGCUAUCGCUAUAAAACUAGAGCCUCCCAAAGCAUCAAAGAAGAAGAUUCCUUCACGAAUGACUUCGUGGCAUUUUUGUGUAGAUCGAAAAGUUGGAGGAGAACUAGUUCCAGAGGUACUUGAAUUUGGAACUGUUGACCAGUUUGGUAACAGCCAAAAUAUCCAACCCGGGCAAUGUAUUAUUAAGAUUAAAUUAGAAUGCAUCUAUGAUGGGAUCGCGCCUGAAUUUAAUAUUCCAACAUUUUUACCCAAUCCAAUCACUAUUGAUCUUUUUAGAGUUCAGAAAGAUAUUUUAAA